AGACUCGGAGCAGCAGUGAGGAGGGAGGCAGGGAGGAUCUCAGCUGGAGCAGGGAGAGAGAGAAGCAUACAGAGAGAGGAGUGUGUGUGGAUGUACUCGCCUGCCUCGCUGACUGACUGACUGUGUGUGUGUUUGUGUGUGACAGAACGAGGGGAGGACGCGUGGAUACUACUCCACAGGACUGGAUGUGUUUAGCGUCACGGAACGAGACCACACGUACAACAAAUACAGAGAGUUUGGCGGGCACAAAGUGCUGACUGAAGUGCAGGCAGACACCAGUGCAGAGUGCGGAGGAGUUAGCAGACAAGGCAGAGCACACGAGACCUGACUGACAGCGCCCAUGGCGAGCAAUAACACGGCCAGCAUCGCACAAGCCAGGAAGCUGGUGGAGCAGCUGAAGAUGGAGGCGAACAUCGACAGGAUAAAGGUGUCAAAAGCAGCAGCGGACCUGAUGUCAUACUGUGAAGCUCAUGCCAAAGAGGACCCUCUGUUAUCGCCCGUGCCAGCGUCAGAGAACCCGUUCAGGGAGAAGAAGUUCUUCUGUGCCAUCCUGUAAACUCGGUAUGGCCCUUCAGCAGUCUGCUCCGUGUGGGACUUUGAACGUGGACGUUCAAAAUACGUAGAAAUCUUCUAGUAGGAGGGCACGGUGAUUAUUGCCCCACCUUUGUCGAACGGCACGUAACGAGUACGAAAAUUAAAACCCACAGAGUUUACAUGUAACCAUUAAAGGGGUUGUGAUUGUGAUUUGUUGAGGGGUGUUGCAGCAUGUUGAAGGGGUCUGUGCUUUUAGAUGACACUAAAGGGGUGAUGAUGAUGAUGAUGAUGAUGUGUGAUGAUAACCCAGAGACGUGACGGACAACCAGUCAACCUACCAAGUCUUCAGGUUGUGAUGUGUACAAAACAAAAAAAAAUAGAUAAAGUGAGAAUAAAAAUAUUUUGUGGUUCUUUUUGGGACUUCCUCUGUUAAAUGGUUUGUGGGUGGGCGGAGCAAUGUAG